AUGUCGCGCCCCUGGAUCUUCGUCUGCCCGUCCAGCCGCGGGCUCGGCCAUGUCCUAACCAGGCACCUGCUGCGAAACACCACAGUCCCCAUCCUAGCCACGGCGCGGAGCGACCCAUCAGACGUGAAGGACCGCCUGCUCGAGGACAUCAAACACGACAAGGAAGCAGCCAGGCGGCUGAACAUAGUGCAGCUGGACGUGACGGAUGAGUCCACGAUCGAGGCGGCCUCGCACGAGGCGGAGCGGCUAUUCCCCCGCGACUCGCACCACCUGCACCUGGGCUUCGCGAUCCCGGGCAUCCUGCACCCUGAGAAGUCGCCGCGGCAGGUGGACGCCGACAAGGCGCUGGCCACGUACCGCGUGAACACGCUCGGCCCGCUGCUGCUGAUGAAGUGGUUCGAGGACUUCCUCCCGCGGAAGCGCACACAGCUCGCGCUGGAUGAACACAACGGCCAUCAGUCGGCGUCCGUCCGGCUGCCUGACCAUGCCGUCUGGCUGACAAUGUCCGCGCGCGUGGGGAGCAUCUCGGAUAACAAGAAGGGCGGAUGGUACAGCUACCGGAGCAGCAAGGCUGCGGUCAAUAGCCUCACUAAGAGCUUUGACCUGCAGCUGGCUGCGAGGAGUGGGGAGAAGGCUCUGGCCAUGGCAUACCACCCCGGCACGGUGAGGACGGACCUCAGCCGUGACUUCUGGGAUUCGGUGCCCAAAGGAAAGUUGUUUGAGCCUGAGUUCGCCGCGGAGAAGAUGGUCGAGGUUGCUACAAGCAAGGUGGGACCUGAGGGUAGAGGGAGGUGUUGGGAUUGGAAGGGAGAGGAGAUAUUGCCAUAG